AAUGGCGACUUGCACUGAGUCUGUUUGCGCGUCCAGCUGAAGCUGAAGAAAACUUGUAGGUUAGCGGAUGGAAAUAUCGCACCAAGAUAUUUUAUUUUAUUUUUUUUUUACGCACAGAAGGAGCAUUUUAUCCCCCACAGAAGAGGAGGAGAGGAGAAGAGAGGAGAGGAGAGGAAUCCACACGGAAUCUAGGCGAGUGUGUUAAGGAUGUUGGAGGGAGCGUGCCGGGAUGGCUACCUGGCUGUAGGUGAGGAGGAGCUGGAGGCCAAGCGGCUGCUGCCCAAGCACAAUAAAAACUGGAUUGACCUGGAGAGCAAGCUGACUGUGGGCCAGUACGUACUCUGUCGCUGGUCUGAUGGCCUGUAUUACUUGGGCAAGAUCCAUAGGGUUAGCUCUUCAAAGCAGAGCUGCUUCGUCACGUUUGAAGACAACUCCAAGUUCUGGGUGCUUUGGAAGGACAUACAACAUGCUGGCGUUCCGGGAGAAGAGCCCAAAUGCUAUGUGUGCUCUGAGAUGACUGUGGUGUCUGAGAAUAAGAUCCUUAUCUGUGGAAAAUGUGGAAUUGGCUACCACCAGCAGUGCCACAUUCCGCAAGUGGAGAGCUCAGCUGACCUCUCGCCUUGGUUCUGCAGAAAGUGCAUUUUUGCCUUAGCAGUGAGAAAAGGGGGCGCACUAAAGAAGGGCCCUAUAGCCAAAGCACUGCAGGCCAUGAAGCAAGUGCUCACCUACAAUGCUGAGGAACUGGAGUGGGACUCUCUGCACCGCACCAACCACCAGCAGUGCUACUGCUAUUGUGGGGGACCUGGAGAAUGGUACCUGAAAAUGUUGCAGUGUUUCCGCUGUGAGCAAUGGUUUCAUGAAGCGUGCACACAAUGCCUGCAAGAGUCCAUGAUGUUUGGAGAUAGGUUUUACUUAUUCAUUUGUGCCGUGUGCAAUAAGGGGAUGGAGUACAUCAAGCGCCUGGCUCUGCGCUGGGUUGAUGUGGUCCAUCUGGCCCUGUACAACCUGGGAGUACAGAGUAAGAAAAAGUACUUUGAACUGGAGGAGAUCCUCAGCUUCAUCAGCAACAACUGGGAUCAUUUCCAGCUGGGCAAGCUUGCCAACACCCCUCCCUCAGAGAGAGGCCAGCUCAUUCUUGAUGCUCUUAACAACUACAAAAGCAAGUUUCUCUGCGGCAAGGAGAUCAAGAAGAGGAAAUGCAUCUUUCGACUGAGGACGCGAGUUCCCCCCAACCCCCCCUCCAAGCUCUUUCCAGAGAAGACCCCGAAAAACGAAGGACGCAGAGGCUGCAAGAAAGGAGCAACGCGCAACGGCUGUGCUCCUGUGGAGAAGCGGAGGAAGAAGAGGUCCAAGUGGCUGCUGGAGGAUGCUAUUCCCAACAAUGAGAUGAUGUCCACCUGGAGCUCCAAUCACCACAUGGCGAACAUCUUCGACUUUACGCUCGACGAGCUGCAGAGCUUGAAAAGUACUAGUUCCGGACGGACGUUCAGUCUGGAUCAGGACUCAACAGAUGCAGCGAGCACUUCAGGCUCUGCCGCUACCAGUGUGUCCUACGACUUCAGGAAGAACGUGGGCAGCCGGAAGAGGAAGCUUCCUUCAUCCAACUACAGUGCUCUGGCCAGUAAGCGGGAGGUGAUGGAGAGCGAGCUGAGUCCAGUGGGUACGCCAGUGGCCGAGUCCGGGGACGUAAUGGGCGGUGCCAUCGACAGCCACACCUUUGAAAGCCUGAGCGAAGAUGACACGUCCCUCUCACACCUCAAGUCUUCUAUAACCAGUUACUUUGGCGCAGCAGGGCGCCUCACAUGUGGCGAAAAGUAUCAGGUUCUGGCACGCAGGGUCACGCCAGAGGGCAAGGUGCAGUACCUGGUGGAAUGGGAGGGCACCACGCCUUACUAAGGGUCACUUAUUUGAGGGCAUGAGAAUGGAGAUGAGGUUCAAGAUGGGGUUCUUCACUUCCAGGCUUGGGGACUCACAUAAUACGGUCAUUCAGAUCAUAGUUAGUGAGGUCAUGGAUGAUGCGUUUGGAGUACUGUGAUCUGCCAGGGUUGGGAUUGAAGAACACUCGAGCAAACAGUUAUAGAAUGUCACAUUUGCUUAAAGUAGUUUAUCUUUUUUUUUUUUUCUUCUUCUUCUUUCUACUUUUUACAUUACACAGACAUCUAAACGAUCAAGAUCCAGAAUUCUAGUUUUCUAGUGCAAUUAUAGUUUUCUAAAGGAUCUUAGAAAUGUAUAUGGGAACACAUACAGGUUGUGCACUUACCCCAUGUUGGGUAAUGAAGUGUGUGACAAAAAAAAUAGAACACAGUGUCUUGUUGACAGGGCACUAUAAACAGCACAAAACCCACUUGUCUGAUUCAGCCCAUUAACAUUGUACUCAAUAACGUGUUUUUUUUUUUUUUUUCUUCUUUCAGUUGUUGCACUUGUAGACUGGUUUACUUUCCAUUUAAGGUCAGUGAGAUAUAACGAUGUAAUAUAAUGCCAUGACCAAAAUGUUGACCCUCAAGGGUGUUAAACCAUCAUCAGUCCAAAUAGCGGGCAACAUGAUGGCAGUUUGCCUUCUCAUGGAUGACGGCGUUAACAUUUUUAACCCCACCCACGUGCAACAAUCAUUUCUAUCAACUGGUUUGAUGCAGAAUGAACUGUGGGGGGGGGGGACAUGGUGCGUGCUCGUUCUGUACGUGAAAUUAACUUGGAGUUCCAGUCAAAAGUUUGUACACCCCUACUCAUUCAUCGGUUUUUCUGCAUUGUAGAAUGAUACUGAAGAUAUCAAAACUGUGGAAUGGCAUCUGGAACAUGUAUGGAAUUAUGUGGGAAACAAAAAAAAAAGUUUCAUAUUUUAGAUUCUUCAACGUAGCCAGCGUUUACCUUGAUGCUUUGGACACACUUGGUAUUAUCUUAACCAGCUUCAGGAGUUCGUCACCUGGAAUGCUUUUCAGUUAACGGGUGCCUCGUCAAAAGUUAGUGGACGCGUUUCUUGUCUUAAUGUCUGAGAUCAAACAGUAAAUAGUUCAAUAUAAUGAUUUUAUUAAUAUCAAUUGCAAACCAUGUGUUUGAAAAAUAGAUAUUUACAAAUAUACAAUUAAAAAUCAUUGUUACUCUAUAAAAAUAUAAUAAUCAAAAUAUCACGUCCUAUAAAUCAUUAUCCCAUAUCUUAACACAGCUAGGUACAAAGCUACUUUGAAAUCGCUUAGUCCUGCACUUGAACGUCUGAUAGUUGCGUGGGUUCCGGAGAUGGUAUGAAUUUUUUUUUUUUUUUUUUUUUUUUUGUAUCCGAUAACAGAUCCCUCAGUUUGUUAGAUCCUUGAAGAGUGACUUCUUUAUAGAGUCUCUGGCAUUGAGCCAGUCUUCGUUGGCUGAGGGUGGAUAACAUGUAGUAUGGCAGAGAGCAUCACUGUAAGAUAAGCUUGGUAGAGCGAUCUUUAGUGCUCGACGUUGAAUGGAUUCUAGUUCUUCAGCAAGAAAUUGUGGCAGAGCAAAGUGCCAAACCUGGCAGGCGUACUCAAGAACAGGACGAAUGAAUGCACAGUAGACGGUUACCAGAUCUUUUGGUGGGGCGCCAGAGCGUUUCAGGAUACGCAAAGCAUACAGCAGUUUGCUGGCUUUAGUGCAUGUCAUUGAUAUGGGAAUUCCAAGUAAGGUUGGAAGAGAUGGUUACACCAAGAAGCUUGAAGUGAUCAACUUCAAUCUCAGUUUCAGCCAAGGAAAAGUGUUUGUUUAUAUAUAUAUAUAUAUAUAUAUAUAUAUAUAUAUAUAUAUAUAUAAAAAUAAUGUAAUAUUGACUGGCGUUAUAUUCC